UUAUUAAGUGUUUGAAUUGUAGCAUAACAGAACAAUUUAUUUAUACGAAUAACAGCUCGUUGGCCUAUUCCACGUUUUCCACUGUCUUGCCUUGCUGCAACGUAUCAUGGCAGUAGACUUUAGGUCGAGAAGUACUUGAAAACAAAGGUUUACCCCUCACCACCAAUAGGCUGUACAGUUGCCUUGAUUUCAUCAUGUUUGUUGACACGGGCUUCGAUUAUUUGCUUAGUUGCACAGCGCUACUAAUUAAUUACCAGCGUUGGAGGAGAGAGUGCCCAGAGAUCAAUGCCAACCUGCACCCGUCCUCUGUCCUGGGACUCCUCCAGAAUAACUACCAUGGAGUGCUGAGGGACCGGGACCUCAGCGGCAGCAGAGUGCUCAUCUAUAGGAUAGGUCAGUGGAACCCUAAAGACUUCACAGCUUACGAGGUGUUCCGUGUCAGUCUGAUCACAUCUGAGCUGAUCGUCCAGGAGACAGAGACCCAGAGGAAUGGACUGAAGGCCAUCUUCGACAUGCAGGGAUGGUGCUUCGCUCAUGCCCUACAGAUCAACUCCUCCCUGGCAAAGAUGAUGUCCUCUGUGCUCACGGACUCGUUUCCUCUGAAGGUGCGAGGGAUCCAUCUGAUCAAUGAGCCCAUAUUCUUCAGACCCGUCUUCGCCAUGAUCCGUCCAUUCCUGACUGAUAAGAUCAAACAGCGGAUCCACAUGCACGGCAGUAACUUCAAAGAGACUCUGAGUGGCUUCUUCUCCAAAGACAUCCUCCCACAGGAGUACGGGGGCAGUGGCCCCUCCAUGGAGGAGGUGUGUCAGGAGUGGACCUCCCACAUCCUGCAGUCUGAGGAACGCCUCACCCAGCUCUCCACCUGCCCUGCAGGAGAUGAGGUCACCCCAGACCCAGAGACAGAACCUGAUCCUGACAGCCUACAGCUCCUGACUCCAAAUGGACUACACAUCCCAGAGUGCAUCUCAAUGACCAACCAACAACGACACAACUCGUAGCAUCCUUCUGAAGUGGAUGAGGUGCACAACUUCAGCCCUCGAGGUCCAAGAUUAUAUGCAAGUUUACUACCAGUUUCCUGGUUAAGUUUGUCAGUUGAUGAUGGUAGGACCAAGUGCUCAAAAGAGUUGAGUACAUUGUGUUUGGAAUUAGACCUAGACUACUUUUCUCUAUCUCCUGUUUUAUGGGUUUUAAAGUAUAUUAGCAGUAUACAGCCAACUGUCUGUUACCAUAAUGUGUUAUAACUAAGACCAAGCUUAAAGAUGUAUGUUUUAGCUAUUUGUUCAAUUUUGUGAAUGUCUACUGUAUUAGAGACUUGUAUUUUUAUACUAUAAUUGGUGUUUUAAUUAUGAAGAUUAAAGGUCAAUUCCACCA